AGAUAAUAAAAAUCAAAAGGUUAUCACAUGGUUUUAUAAAGUAGAAUAAAAUAGUAAAAAAAAUUUGAAUAUGAAUUGUUUGUAUAAUAUUGACGAGAUUUCAUCACCAGAAGACAAUUCUCUUUCACAUGAAUUACGUAAAGCGAAAGAAUAUCUACAGAAACACAAUCCAGAAUCUGGUGACAGUUUAUAUGACCACUUGAGUGAAUUAAUAAAUAAAAUACUUUCUGAGAGACCAGAAAAUGCUCUAGAUGUUUUUGAAGAAUAUAGUAAAAAUUUAAAGGAAAAAAGAUUUAAAACUCAAACUGAUCAUCUUCGAAAUAUUUAUGUUCCUCCAUUACAAUACGAAAAUGCAAAAAAACUAAUCAAACUUUUUAAGACGUCAGAAAUUCAAAAGAAAACAGAAGAAGCAGAAUUGUAUCAAGAACAAGAGAAAGAAAUUAAUGUUAAAAAUAGUGGAGAAAAUUUACUGAAUCUAUUAUAUUUUAUUGAAAAAGCUGAUGUAGGUUUACCUCGAUCUGAAAUAUCAAUAUUAAAUUUGAGUAUACAAAAAUUAAUUUUUGAGGCUCCAAUUGAAAAUGUCCGAUUUUGGGGGAAAAUUUUGGGUAAUCCAAAAAAUUAUUAUGUUCUUGAAGCAGAUUUGAAAGAAGAAGAACUCACUAAAAGACAAAAAAAAUCUGUAGCAGACGAAGAAAAAUUGAAGAACAAAGAAAAUAAUGUAUCUAAUAAAGCCACUGAAUUAUUAGAUAAAGAAACAUCUAUUAAUACAUUAAAGGAAACAAUUGUUAAAAAAGCUUUAGAUGUAGUUUCACAAACUGAACUUCCACGAGAAGGAAAAUCUGCAGAGAAAAGAUUGCAGUUAUUUUUUCCAGAUUUUCCAAAAAAUGUAUGGCAAUCUCCUGUCCAGGUUCCUUCAGAACCAAUUGGUACAGGUCUCAAUAAAAUGGUUUAUUUUGUAUGCAAUUCUCCCGGAUUAGAUGAAUGGAUUGAAUUACCUACCAUAACUCCACAACAAAUAGUUGCAUCCCGUUCUAUUGUAAGAAUGUUUACAGGAAAUUUGAAGACAGAAAUAUUUACAUUUCCAUCCUUUCCUGGAAACGAGGCAAAUUAUCUUAGAGCACAAAUUGCUCGCAUAAGUUCUUCCACGUUAAUUUCUCCAGUUGGUUACUUUACAUUCAGAGAAGACGAAAUCGAAGAAGAGGAAGAAAUAGAAGAAGAGGAGCCAAUAAGUAAUGGAAUUAUAUUUCAAAAUCCACAUUAUGAUCCUCAACCUGUCAAAGAAUUGAUUCAUUCAUUCAUGUCCAAUUGGUGUCAUCAUAGUCCUUUUAUUUUAAAGGAAGGACGAGUUUCACAUUGGAAUCAUAAUGGAAAUAAUGUUGAAGAGAAUGAAAUUACAGAAGAGGAAAUUGCAGAAGAAAAAUUGGAAAAGUUUGAAACAGAAGUGGGUAUAUCGCUGUUAACUCCCUUGUCAGAAGAUACAACAUCAAAGUUGAUGGUUUCCUGGUCAGCAAGAGAGUCGUCUAAAGUUAAAAAUAAUUCUGCCGUUGCUAUUGUUCGAUCAAAUAUUUGGCCGGGAGCAUUUGCAUUUGCAUCACAGGAAAGAUUAGUUAAUUUGUACAUUGGUUUUGGUAACAAAAAAUAUGCAUACCAUUAUAUACCAUCGCUAAUGCCAGAAGUUCAAGAUCAGUAUAAAAUUGGACCUGAAGUGAUUGAAGUUAAUGAUCCCCCAUCCCAACAGGAGGAAGCUUACCGCCUUGAUCAAUUUUCUCCGUCUUCAAAUGAAAAUUCAGGCGAAGACAAUGAAAUGCAAGAUUAUGAAAAUGAAGAGGAUAUUUAAAAGUAUCUGCAAAUUUAUAAAUUUGAUUUCUGAAUAACGUUUAUCAAAAUUUUACAUUGUGGGAACGUAAUUUAAUUAUGCGAGGAAUCAUCAAGAAAACAUUAUUUUAUUGUGAAUUUAUGUUAAACAGUGAUGAAAAUUUUACAAAAAUAAAAAAUUAUUGUUUUCCCUUU